AUGUCGUCAGACGGCAAGGUGCCCGCCACGGCCAUCCCAGGCACGACCCUCGGGCUAGCCACGCAGUACCAUCCCGGCCACGGAACUCACCUGUACGAAGGCAAAGUCGUAGCGUCUCUCCUCGGCCACGUCACGAUCACGGCGCGGGCGGCGGAGGAGCUCCCGACCAUUUCGGUGGCGAGGCACCAGAAGCGCCGCGAGGUGCUGCCGGACGUGGGAAGCGUGGUGCUCUGCAGGGUGGUGAGGUUGGUGCCCAAGCAGGCCAUUGUCUCUAUCCAGCAGGUCGGGACCACGGUACUGGACACCGAGUGGCAGGGCGUGAUCAGGUCGCAGGACGUGAGGGCGACGGAGAAGGACAAGGUCAAGAUUUACGAGUCUUUCAAGCCUGGUGAUACUGUACGGGCGCAAGUGAUAUCGUUGGGCGACCAAGCAAACUACUACCUCUCUACCGCAUCAAAUGAGUUGGGUGUCAUCAUGGCCGCGAGUGAAGCAGGCAAUGACAUGAUGCCAGCGAGUUGGAAGGAAUUCAAAGACCCCGUUACAGGGGCGACUGAGCUGCGCAAGGUCGCGAAGCCAAGCUAA